UUUGCAAUGAGUUCUAGCGCUGGAAGCGCGUAAACUACUUAGUAAGAUGAGAUGUUUAAUAAUUCGUUCGAGUGUUCAUCUCUUUGGAUACGGUCAAACUCCAUAAAUAUACAUUCCUAUUGAAUUUGUAGCUUCUCAGCGUCUGUGUAACGAAUCUCGGUUAUCAUGGUUAUUUUUAGAAGCUUUAAAAUUAGUGCUAAACACCACAAUUCCAGGAUUCAUUUCAGACCCUUCUCCUGUGAUGUUUAUUUAUUUACCUUAACGGUUUAUGGAAUUGGGUUGUUUUCGACACUUAUAACUCUUCAUUGGGCUUUAGCAUUAUUCAUUCAUCAAAAUAAAAAGUAUUUUCAUGCUUCACUAGACUUUUGAUUUCCGUUGCUGUCAAUUAUCCCUUCAUAACUUUCCUACCUACGAAAUUUUUCUAUUUCUUUUCUCAAUAUAAGAAGACAGGAGCACCUUUUACUUUUUAGGAGAUUUUAAAUAUUCUUCUGGAUUCCUCAGUCUCAAAUAGAGUAGAGAUUCCUGCUAAUUUUGAAUUUUUUAGGACAAACCACAGGAUCGUCUUUCACUCCUUUGCAAUACCAAUAUUCUUGAAAAACUGAACACUUAAAAGGCAUUUACAUUAAUUGAGAAACACUCUAUGUUCGUGAAUCUAUCUAAUUAAACUCUAUGAAGAUUCUAAAAACAUGUUUCGCUAACCUGGCUCUUCUUUUGGGCUUUUUUGUAUCAAUAACUUUGGCAGAAAAGACACUUCUCAACUCAAAAUACCGUGAACUAUGUAAUGGAAUUUAUUCCAAGUCUGAAUCAGGAGGAUCUUUAAAUCCUGCUAUCUAUAUCAAUUGGACACAGCCUUGGGAUCAAGAAAACGAGAUUGAAGUUCUAAUCUUUCGUUGGAAGGAUAUAAAACAGAUAGGAAAAAGCAAAGAAAAUGGUGAAAGGGUCUAUCUUUGUGACUACGAUGCUGCUUACACAGAUCAUUUCUGUGAACCUGAGCAAAUAGGUUUUUAUAUCUGGAACGCUACUUCUGCAAAGACAGUUCAUUCACAAAUUGUUUCUUCUUACCCAACGAAUAUAGUGUAUAGCAUUAAUCACUCUGGUUAUUAUUGCAUUUGGACCCAUUCACUAAAGAAUAAACCAUAUCAAGCUCUUGUCAAUUGGCAAAAUGCUUAUGGUAAUCUACCCGCUUCCCAAUACCCUCGUUUGCCUUUAUCUGGUGGAAUAACUAUUGCAUAUAGUGUCGUUUUGGCUCUAUGGAUGUUUUUUCGCUUUCAAUAUAAAAACUCCAUAGUACCGAUCCAGGGUGUCUUAUUGUUCUUUUUUUGUUUUUCCUGUACUACUCAAGCGUUAACCUCUAUUGUACUAGACACUAAGAACCUCAGAGACAGGACGGGAUUUACCUGGAUUUCAGAAUUUAUAGUAUCCGUGAUUUUUUCCCUAGAAAAAGUGCUAGACUUUGUUUUGCUACUUAUAUUUUCUUGGGGAUAUACGAGAUAUUCUCCAAAAAUCACUGAAAGGUUAAUGAAACAGCAUGGUCUUCCCCUAGGAAUUUUGUUCCUUUCUUUAUUUUCCGUUAAAUUUUUUGGUAUUUCUAUCCAGUCCAUUCACCUAGGUUUAUGGUACGGUGCUUUUUUAAUCAUUGCUGUGUCUUCAUCAUUAGUGCUUCUGUACCAAAGUUUAAUAUACUUCCCUAGCACGCUACAAGCCAUGAUGGAAAAGCGCUUCACUUUGCUACACGGUAAUUAUAAAGUAUUGCGCAUUUCUGCGGCUAUGACCAUGGUCCUGAAUACUGUAUUCGGUCUCGUUGCUUUUGCUUUUUGUGCAAGGACUAACCAUUCUUCAUCAUCCAAGAUUUGGAAGUUCCGGUGGUUUUUCAUGGAUGGCUGGAUGGAUGCUUUGCAUCUGAUAUGUCUAAGUUUGUUAGCAUUUUUAUGGAGACCUUCUCCCAGAAACCUAGAACUCGAUCCUCAUGGAUUGAAUUAUCCUGAUUUUGAUCCUCGACUUGAAGAGGAAUUGCAUUUGAUACAAGAAGACAUAAACCUUACAUAAUUUUAAGUUCAAUAAAGUCAACAAAUUCAUUCAAAAAGACAA